CCACUACGUUAAAGCAAAUCAUCCUUCCACACACACACACACACCAUCCUUGCACCAUCUUGCGUACCCACUACCGCUUUGGGACCCCCCCGGCUGCCUUGAGUCACCACCGCCAAUCUUAAAACAGAAAUUUUAGGAGAUCCCUCCUUUACAAUCAUAUAAUACUACAACAAUGUCCACCGCUGCCGUAGCCAGACCAGUCUCUGCUUUCCACAGCAACACCACCACCACCAGAUCGCACAUUCCCGCCUUUGGCCUCAAGAAGAGCAUGUCCAUCACGCAAACAUACUACUUGGCUCACAAGGCCCGCGCGAAGCUUUCCCGCGAAGCCGCCCAGCCCGACCACGAUCUCCGCCUCCUCGUCGGCCACGCCAACAUGCUCGACUCUCUCAUGAUUGAGCUCGCCGAGGCCGAGCGUGAGCAAGAGAGCUGGUUCAACCAGUCUGUCCGCGGCGCCUCUCCCAAGAAGCACCACACUGUUACAGCUGCCGACAAACGCCACGUCCAGUGGGCUGACCGCAUCGAAGAGUCUGAGGAAGAGUUCGACUCUGACUCCUCCGACUCCGACUCUGACGACGAUAUGGUCGCCGUCUCUGCCGCCCACGCUCCCAAGCUUUCCCACGAAUCCGCCACUCUUGAGGAGGAGGACGAUGAUGAGGAGGAGGACUUUGCUCAGCUCGAGCUUGUCCGCACUCCCUCGCACUCCAGCUCCCCUCCCGAUCUUGUCGACCACGAUUUCGAGUCUUCUGACGACGAAUCUGGCAUGCCUCCUUCGCCUACCGAUGCCGCUCUUGAGCUUCCUUCCAAGGACGCCAAGGACGAGCAGCCCCUGUUUGAGCAAAGCGAAUUCUACGCACCGCGACGACCCGCGGGCCUGGUAUCUUCCGUUAUGGUCUACUAGGCAUUCUCUGAAUCAGAGACUUGUGUACAAAUAGUUGCUUUACAUCAUCAUCCAGCGAACAAUCAUCAUGGCAUAGCGAAUCGAAUUCCGGCAUAAA